AUGUAUUCAGAGGGUAUUGUAGAUCUGAGUGAAAUGAUCCUGUACCUGGUUGUAUGUCCCCCAGACCAAAAAGAAGCCAAGAUUUCCAUGAUAAAAGACAGGACCAAAAACCGGUACUUGCCUGCCUUUGAAAAAGUGUUGAAGAGUCACGGACAAGACUACCUUGUUGGCAACAGGCUGACCAGGGUGGACAUUCACCUGCUGGAACUUCUCCUCUAUAUUGAAGAGCUUGACUCCAGCCUUCUGGCCCCUUUCCCCCUGCUGAAGGCCCUGAAGAGCAGACUCAGCAGCCUGCCCAAUGUGAAGAAGUUCCUACAGCCUGGCAGCCAGAGAAAGCCUCCCCUUGAUGCCAAACAAAUCGAAGAGGCCAGGAAGAUUUUCAAGUUCUAGGAAAGCUGCGUUGACCAAGUUCUUAUAUACCAGUCUCCAGUAUUUUGCUAAAAUAGUAGCAACUAUGGAUUCUGGCUAUAUUGAAAGAAUAAACAUGAAAGAACACUGUA